UCUCUACCUCCUGUUGGGUUGUUAAUAUUGAAUCAGAAAUGCACUUCUAACGAAAUGCCGUCCAUAUUUUUGUUGUUUGACAUUUUUUCUGAUUUCUUUCAUGAUCAGGUUUGAUUUUCAUCUGGUACAAUUCUUCUUUGCCUGCUUGCCUUCACUGGCUGUAUAUUUGGUGGCUCAGUAUUCUCGCUAUGAAAUGAGAAGAAUGGAGGCGGAAGCUGAAUUGAAAAAGAAAGCUGAAGAAGAAACAAAAGCAAAAGAGCUAGAAUUAAUGGCUGAGGAGGAAAAACAAGUGACUGAUCCACAACUUUCCGAGGUGAAAGCAAGACUAGAUAAGUUGGAGGAGACCUUGAAAGAAAUUUUGGUCGAGUCCAAAAAACAAUCAGGUGAUGUUGCAGAUAAACCAGCCAGCAAUGCUGUCAAGAAAAAAUCUGGAACAACCAAGACAGGGACUCCUACGGCUCAGGAAAAGACAAUUCCCUCUAGUGAUGGAAAAACUCAAUCAGAAGCAUCUUUGCCUGAUCAAAAGCAAAUUAAAAAUGAAGGUCCCUCCCCUGACGUGAAGAAAUGAAAUCAUUAGGCAUAUAUUAUUUGGCGUAGUCAAGCUUUUUGAAGAGCCCGGAGUGCAUAGCUUUGCAGAACAGGGAAAAGCCACUGCUUUUAAAAGCUGUUAAUUCGUUUUUUUUUCCAAAUCAAUAUGAAUUAGAAGAAAUUUGGAAGAUGUAACAUUUGCUAAGGAUCAUUGCUGCCAUGUUAGUAGAAAAGCUUAAUUUUAGAGCAUCAGACAUUUGACAAUAGCAUUGUUUUGUUAAGAAACUGAGUAGAUGGGAAUUUAUGGUUUCGAUUAUAGAAGGCAUUUUUCUA